CAGGAAGCGGGUGCCGGGUGCCAGAGCUGCUAGAAAGAAACGAAACUGAAAGCGGUGAGUUUCCGCAAAUUUCGGGGAGGAGGAGAGGAAGCUGGGGAAGGCAGGGUCUCCAGCGUCCGUCCCUCUUUCACGCCCCGCGAGGGACCGAGGACCUAGGACCCGGCGCAGCGCCCGCCCCCGGGGCCAGCGAGCUGGGCGUGGUGGGGAGAGCCGCGCAGGGAAACGAAACCCGAAACCCAGAGGCGGCGGCGGAGCCUUGCUUCCUGGCACCUGAGCCGGGCUGCCAUGGACGUGUACCGCACUCGGGCCGCCGCGCUGGACGGGUUCGUGGCCAGCAGGCUGCAGCCGCGGAAGAAGUUCGUGGAGAAGACGCGGCGCGCCCUGGGCGACCUGGCCGCUGCCCUGAGGGAGCGCGGAGGCCGUCCUGGCGCCGCUGCCCCGCGGGUGCUGAAAACUGGCAAGGGAGGCUCCUUUGGCCGGGGCACAGCUCUCAAGGGUGGCUGUGAUUCUGAACUUGUCAUCUUCCUCGACUGCUUCAAGAGCUAUGAGGACCAGAGGACCCUUCGUGCAGAGAUCCUCAGUGAAAUGCGGACAUUGGUGGAAUCCUGGUGGCAGAGCCCAGUCCCUGGUCUGAGCCUCGAGUUUCCUGAGCAGCACAUGACUGGGGCCCUGCAGUUCCGCCUGACAUCCAGAGAUCCUGAGGACUGGAUGGAUGUUAGCCUGGUGCCUGCCUUCAAUGUCCUGGGUCAGGCUGCCUCUGGCAUCAAACCUGAGCCACGAGUCUACUCCACCCUCCUCAACAGUGGCUGCCAAGCGGGCGAGUACGCAGCCUGCUUCACAGAGCUGCGGAGGAACUUUGUGAACAUUCGCCCAGCCAAGUUGAAGAACCUGAUCUUGCUGGUGAAGCACUGGUACCGCCAGGUGCUCCCACAGGGGUUGCAGAAGGAGACGCUGCCCCCGGUCUAUGCCCUGGAACUGCUGACUAUCUUCGCCUGGGAGCAGGGCUGUAAGAAGGAUGCUUUCAGCCUGGCCCAAGGCCUCCGGACUGUCCUGCACCUGAUCCAACAGCAUCAGCACCUGUGUGUUUUCUGGACCAUCAACUACGGCUUCGAGGACCCUGCCAUCGGGCGGUUCUUGCAGCGGCAGCUUGAGAGACCCAGGCCUGUGAUCCUGGACCCAGCUGACCCCACAUGGGACGUGGGGAAUGGGGCAACCUGGCACUGGGAUUUGCUGGCCCAGGAGGCAGCAUCCUGCUGUGACCAGCCGUGCUUUCUACAGGCGACGGGGGACCCAGUGCAGCCCUGGGAAGGGCCAGGCCUUCCAUGUGCCAGGCGCUCAGGUUUGGGCCACCCCAUCCAGCUAGACCCUAACCAGAAGACCCCUAAAAACAGCAAGAGCCGCAAUGCUGUGCACCCAAGGGCAGGGAGCAAGCCACCCUCAUGCCCAGCUCCCGGUGCCGCUGGGGCAGCCAGUGUCGCCCCCUCUGUGCCGGGAAUGGCCUUGGAUCUGCCUCAGAUCCCCACCAAGGAGCUGGACCGCUUCAUCCAGGACCACCUGAAGCCAAGGCCCCAGUUCCAGGAGCAGGUGAAAAGGGCCAUCGAUGUCAUCUUGCGCUGCCUCCGUGAGAAGUGUGUUCACAAAGCCUCAAGAGUCAGCAAAGGGGGCUCCUUCGGCCGGGGCACAGACCUAAGGAAUAACUGUGAUGUUGAACUCAUCAUCUUCCUCAACUGCUUCACGGCCUACAAGGACCAGGGGGCCCGCCGCGCAGAGAUCCUUGAUGACAUGCGAGUGCAGCUAGAAGCCGGGUGGCAGGACCAGGUCUCAGAACUGAGCCUUCAGUUUCCUGAGCAGAAUGUGCCUGAGGCCCUGCAGUUCCAGCUAGUGUCCACGGCCCUGAAGAGCUGGGCGGAUGUUAGCCUGCUGCCUGCCUUUGAUGCUGUGGGGCAGCUCAGUUCUGGCAUCAAACCAAAUCCCCAGGUCUACUCGAAUCUCCUCCUCAGUGGCUGCCAGGAGGGCGAGCAUAAGGCCUGCUUUGCAGAGCUGCGGAGGAACUUCGUGAACAUUCGCCCCGUCAAGCUGAAGAACCUGAUUCUACUGGUGAAGCACUGGUACCGCCAGGUUGCGGCCCGGAAUGAAGGAAAACGACCAGCCCCUGCCUCUCUGCCCCCAGCCUACGCCCUGGAGCUCCUUACCAUCUUUGCCUGGGAGCAGGGCUGCAGGGAGGACUGUUUCAACAUGGCCCAGGGUUUCCGGACGGUGCUGGGGCUUGUGCAGCAGCAUCAGCAGCUCUGUGUCUACUGGACGGUCAACUAUAGCACCGAGGACCCAGCUCUGAGAAUGCACCUUCUUGGCCAGCUUCGAAAACCCAGACCUCUGGUCCUGGACCCCGCUGAUCCCACCUGGAACGUGGGCAAGGGUGGCUGGGAGCUGUUGGCCCAGGAUGCAGCAGUGCUGGGGAUGCAGGCCUGCUUUCUGAAUAGAGACGGGACACCUAUACAGCCCUGGGAUGUGAUGCCCGCCCUCCUUUACCAAACCCCAGCUGGGGACCUUGACAAGUUCAUCAGUGAAUUUCUCCAGCCCAACCGCCAGUUCCUGGGCCAGGUGAACAAGGCCGUUGAUACCAUCUGUUCAUUUCUGAGGGAAAACUGCUUCCGGAAUUCUCCCAUCAAAGUGAUCAAGGUGGUCAAGGGCGGCUCUUCAGCCAAAGGCACAGCUCUGCGAGGCCGCUCAGACGCCGACCUCGUGGUGUUCCUCAGCUGCUUCAGCCAGUUCGCUGAGCAGGGGAACAAGCGGGCCGAGAUCAUCUCUGAGAUCCGAGCCCAGCUGGAGGCAUGUCAACAGGAGCAGCAGUUCGAGGUCAAGUUUGAGGUCUCCAAAUGGGAGAAUCCCCGCGUGCUGAGCUUUUCACUGACUUCCCAGACGAUGCUGGACCAGAGUGUGGACUUUGACGUGCUGCCAGCCUUUGAUGCUCUAGGCCAGCUGGUCUCUGGCUCCAGGCCCAGCUCUCGAGUCUACGUUGACCUCAUCCACAGCUACAGCAAUGCGGGCGAGUACUCCACCUGCUUCACAGAGCUGCAGCGGGACUUCAUUGUCUCUCGCCCCACCAAGCUGAAGAGCCCCUGCAAAGUGUUAGAUGAAAAGGGAAAGUAGCCCAGCCAGUGCCACAGGUGGACACCUAGAUGUUGCCAGGAGUAAGACUGACCCUGCUUGGGAAUUACAGGCCUAUCAUCCUGGAUCCAGCUGACCCAACAGGAAACCUGGGCCACAGUGCCCGCUGGGACCUGUUGGCCAAGGAAGCUGCAGCCUGCAUUUCUGCCCUGUGCUGCAUGGGACGGAAUGGCAUCCCUAUCCAGCCAUGGCCAGUGAAGGCUGCUGUGUGAAGUCGAGAAAAGCAGCGGUCCUACGGAUGAAGAGAAGAUGGACACCAGCCCUCAGCAUUAGGAAAUUCAGGGUCCCCUGCCAGAUGAGAGAGAUUGUGCGCGUGUGUGUGUGUGUGUGUGUGUGUGUGUAUGCACAUGUGCAUGUGGGUGUUUUAGUGAAUCUGUUCUCCCACUCCCCUGCCUCCCAUGGCUUCCGCACUAGGAUCCAGAUUCCAUGGUUUGACACCAGCCUGCAUUUGCAGCUUCUCUAUCACCACCACGACUCUAUUCUCUUAGCACCACGGCUGCAACCUACCCAGCUGAGAAUACCCCCUCCUCCCUGACUCCUCUCUGCCCAUGCAAAUUAAUUGACAUCCUUCCUCCCGCUGCAAUGCAUCCCUUCCUCCCACUGGCCUCUCCCUCCCAACUCUGAAUACUUUAUAUAGGGAUGGCAUAGAAUUUCCAUCUCAUUUGUCAACUACAGUCAUUUGGUACUGGCUGCCUGAAUCCUUAUCUUCUGAAGGAUUUUAAAGAAUGGACAAAUAGCUGAAAAGAAUGACCUAAUCGAUUAGUGAUGUCUCCCAUGGAUGCAGUAGAGGGAAGUGGUGGUAUUCAUGCCAUGAUUGAUUAGCAAUGUCUGCACUGGAUGCAGAAAAGAGAAGGUACUCACAGGUUUACUGUGUGGGAGGGCUAUUGAGGAGCUCUCUGAGCUCAGUUGCUAGCAGGAAAGCAUGCCCAUAUUGGCUUACUUUGUCUGCCACAGACACAGACAAAGGGAGUUGGGAGAUGUAUGUUAUAGGGAUCCUCUUAUUGGACACCUAAUUGGAUGCCUCUUCAUGGGAAGCCUCCGUCUCUUCACCUUUCAUGCUGCACUCCUCCCCUAGUUUACACAUCUUGAUGCCGUGGCUCAGUUUGCCUUCUUGAAUUUUUAUUGGAUUCCUGUUUUCUCUCCUAACAUGCUGAGCUUCUGCAUCCCCAGAGCCUAAACCUGAGCCAGUGCCCAAACAACUGGGCUCAGUCUGUUUCUCUCUGCUCUCCAGAGCAAGGCCCACCAAGUCCAUGCAGGAGGCACUCCUGACCUCAAGUCCAGCAACAGUGCCCACACUAGUCAAGGUUCAGCCCAGAAAACAGAAAGCACUCCAGGAAUCUUAAGCAGAAAGGGAUUUUAUCUAAAUCACUGGAAAGGCUGGAGGGGCAGAAGGCAGAGGCCACCACUGGACUAUGAGUUUCAAGAUUAGACCACUGUAGCCAAAUCAGCGAUCAGAGAGCUGCCACUGCUGCUGCUAAUGCCACCACUGCCCCUGCCAUCACUACCUCACACAGACAAAGUGGGAGUCAAGACCUGGGGAGUUAGAUUCCUUCAGUCACAAACAUCCAUCAGGGAUGGCCAGCCGCUAGAGCUGCAGGAAGAUGGCUGCUACCUCCCUUUCUUACCAGAAUCUAAAUUACAGUCAGAACUCUUGCUGCAGAGGAGUCUGAGACAUAUAUGACGCGACUCACACCCACUGCAACACAGAGAGAAAUGGGUGCUGAGUGCCGAGGGGCAGAGUCCCCAGCAGAUACAUCCUGGCCUUCUGUUAGGUGGAUGAGGGAGUGGGUCUAUCCCAGAGGGAGGAACAGGAAACAGAGGAAGGAAGCCACUGAAACUUAGCUGCUAGGAAUGUUAGAUUGAGUGGUAUGAGAAGAGCCUUCCCUAGUUAUCAUCAUUCUUGGAGAGAGGAGAGCAACCAAAGGCAGCUCCUCUGAUUGACCUGGAGCCAGUUCUCUGCCGUCUUUGGCUCGGCCUACAGGGACUAGAGUAGGUGAAGGGCCAGAGGACAGGCCUUCUAAUACCUGUUGGGCCAUAUUGAUGACCUCCAUCCCUGUCCCCCCGUCUUGGUGCUGAACCAAUACCACAGGCACCUUCUUAGACUCACCUGGUGGAUACUGGAUGGUAAUCCAAGGUUAGAACUCUCAGGACCCUCUCGGAUCAGCCCUGGCUGCUACCACACGCAUAUCCAAGAGCUCAGGGCCAGCUCUGGGGGGCAGCAGAAACCUGCUCUGUCCAGCAGCAGAGUGGCCCUGGCAUGGGCAUCACAAGUCGGUGAUGCUCCUCCUGGCCAGAUCAGGUGGCAGGUCCCAGUUGGGUACCUCCCAUUCCCACCACACAGACUCUGGGCUUCCCUCCAAAAUGGCUCCAGAAUUAGGGUAAUUAUGAGAUGGUGGGAACCAGGGCAGCUCAGGUGUGUGAUACAAGGAAUAGUUUUCAUCUGGGCAGGAGAGAGAGGCGGUCCUGCUGAUCUGAACAGGGGUGUAUUCCAUUCCAGGCCCUCAGUCUUUGGCAGUGGCUACCCUGGUGUUUACAUAUUGGCCCACUGUGCCUUUUGGGGGCUUCCCGGUCUAGCCACACCCUUGGAUAGAAAGACAACCGCAUAAAGAUGUUGGUUCUCCCUGAGUUGAUUGUUAGACUUAGUGGUCACCCUAAAAAUACACACAUGUGCUUUUCUAUGAACCAGAUAAGUUGAUACUAAUGUUCUUAUGGAAAAAUACACACACAAUAGCCAGGAAAACACAGGAAAAGAAAAGCUCUGAGCAGGGCCUAGCCUUGGCUAAUAUUAAAACAUGCUAUGAAGCCUCUGAUAUUUACACAGCAUGGUGCUGGUACCUAAAAAACAGACCAGUGCAAUUGGAUGGCUCUUUCCAAGACUCUGGGGAUAAAAGUAACCAAAAGCUAAAUGCAGUCAAUCAUCCAUUGAAAGCUAAGUGAGAGAGCCAGAGGGCCUCCUUGGUGGUGUAAAGAGGCUUGCAUUUCUUGCAGCUAGAAGACAGAGAAAGUGAAGACCAAGUCCAGAAUGAGUCCUAAGAAAUGCAGGACUCCAAAGAAAUUGGUGGGUGUGUGUUUUGUGUGUGUGUGUGCGAUUUUUAAAUUUUUAAUUUUUACCAAGUUUUUUGUUGAGAUAUAGGUCACAUACCAUAAAUCUCUCACCCUUUUAAAGUGUACAAUUCAGUGUUGUGAGUAUAUUCAUAAGAUUUAUACUUGGUAUCUAUUCAUAAGACUUAUAUUGAAUAUAUUCAUAAGGAGAGCUGUAUCACAGAUGCAUUCAUCAUCAUAAUUCCAGGCAUUUUUCAUCAACCUAAAAGGAAACCCUGAAACCCAUUAGCAGUCAUUCCCCAUUCCUCCAACCCAUUCUCCCCCUAAUCCCUAGGAACCGCCAGUCUACUGUGUGUUUCAUCUAUUGCAAACAUUUUAUAUAAAUGGCAUCAUAUAAUA